AUGUUUAACUGUAAGUUUCGUAGUUUAAAAGAAAUAAUGGAAGAAUUAAUUUUGACUGGUGUUAUUGAUGUGGAAGGCAAUACAAUUGCUAAAAUUGAUAAGAAACUAAAAAAACCUCUUAUUAUUAUUCUAAUCAAUUUUGAUUUUAGUUUCACUGACCUUCAAAAUCUUUCAUCAAUAAAAAUAAUAGGAACUAUUGAAAAUAUAGACACACCCAUUGAUUAUGAACUAGUAGAACAAUACAAUUUUAUAUUUAGAGAUUUAACUACUUUUGAAAAUUACACAGAAGAAAUAAUUGAUGUUGAUUUAUUUAGUAGCAAGUCUGAAAAUGCAUUGAAAGUAUUCCAUAGUGUUCCUUUAUUAUCUAAAAAACUUUUUAUUGAAUUGUUAAUUUUAAAAAAUUGUUUUUUGAAUGUUCUUUUUGAUAAAAUAAAGUAUAAAAUGAUGAUAUCAAAAAAAAGUAAAAUUAAAGAAUUAUUGAAUGAGUUUAUUGAUCAUGGAAUUGUAAAGAUUAAUGAUGAUGAUAAAAUUGUUUUAAACCUAAACAAAGAUGAUUACAAGACACUUGAUAAGGAUAAGGAAAUUUAUGAACUAAAAAAUAAAAUCAAUAACGUUUAA